GGCGGUUUAACUCCUGAGAAACAGGUCGGCCAGCGUUUCACCCAGUGCCUCUCGGAGAAGAGGGAAAAUAUCGGCGCAAAAUUUAAGGUUGGUUUCAUUCUUAGUUGAGUUAUUCGUCCAUGUUAAUCAAAAAAUAUCUUGUUCUUCAUUUGUUUCAAGGAGCGAAAGAAAAUACUAUUUUUGGACCAACACUUGAACAAGGUAGUCCCAUCAUGAUUGAUUGCAAAAAUGGCCAUUGAAGCUGUAGUUGCACACAGAGACGUUUCAUCAACCAGCAAAAUAUUUCUUCCGGAUACAAUUGAGGAGCCGGAGCUGAAUAGCAUCAAUUUCCGGCAAAGUUUGAAGUUUUUCCAGGAACAACUCACAAGAAAUGGAAAUAAUUUCCCUACUCCUAGUCCCUUGACCAUCAGCGAACACAUCAAUAGACACCCUAGCAAUAUCAAUGGCUCUCAAAACAAACAACACAUUACAGAAACGACGGACGAAAAAGAACCAUUUCGCCCUACCCUCAAUAACUGCAAGAUACAAAUUCCAACUGUGGAUACUAUUUUGGAAAGCGUAAGAGUUUUGAGAGCAAUUCAGAAAAGUCAGCAGGAAAGGAAUGCAGCAUGGGAUUUAUCGCAAAGCGAAUCAAGUCUGAAUGACCAGCUUUUAGAAUCUAUCAAAUAUUUGAACAAUGUCGAAAAGAGUCAGUCAUUUGAAAUGGUGGAGGAGGAACAAACCUUUAUCACGGACAACAGCAAUGACGUCAAUGAAACGGUGCUUACGAAUAUUCCAAAUAAAACAUGCUCGUUUUGGCCGAGCAGCAUCCUUCCGAAAGAGCAACUUAAUGGUAAAUGUGAAAAUGAAAAUUUAAACGAUUCAACUGAGAAAAAACCUCACGAAGAUAUAAAACACCAAAUUUUACUCGAAUCUAAAAAUGCUAGCGCUUCCUAUAAAAGUGGGAUGCACAAUUCGAAGCCGGUCUUAGAGAAGAAUGGUUUCAUUUUAGGUAAUGGUUUUGAGCAAGAUCAGAAUACUCUGACAGAUGUGCUCAAUGGAAGUAUAAUCGAAGAUGUGAACGACAGCUUGCAAUCAAUAGAUAAUCGGAAGUAUAAAAUAACUGAUCUUUCGCAAGAAAACUUGAAAGCCCAGUACAUUAUUGCUUUCGUUACCGAGCCAAGUUCACCAAAUCCAAACUGCAUCGAUAUGCAAAGUAAUCAGCUUGCUUCAAUGCCAAAAAUAUUCUUAUCUAGUUAUUCCGGUGAACAUAAUGUAAAGAAAUUAAGUAGUCUCGACGGAGAUUCUGGAAUAGGAAAUCAGCGGAGCCCUAUUUCAAGUUGUUCCCCAACAACACAACAUAGGAAAGAUUCCUGGAGCGAUAGCUGCAGUUCAUUAUAUGUAUCAGCAGAGUGCAGUCCGUGUCCUUCAUUAUCAAGUUUAUUUGAUUCAUCGAUUGGAUUUAACAACUACAUGCCUAGUCUUGUCUCCGACUCUCUUGAUGCAGUGUAUCAGGACAACGUGUGGGAAGAAGAUGCAUUCGAAACUCAGUUAAAAGAUGUUUUCACACCGUGCAAGAAUGAACUUGAAGGCAAAAUUGAGGAGGAGCCGGAGUUUGAUGGCAACCUGAAUCAUGCACUGAUUACAAAUUUUAAUCAGGCUGAUGCCGUUUCGAAUCACAAUGAAACGGAAGAAACGAAAACGCCAGAUCCAUUAAACAUAUCCGACUGGAAGGAUCCCAACAUUAUUCCUUGUAAUGGAGCGGUGAUUCCAAAACAGUCGCAAAUCUCCAAUUCGUCAGUAUGUGAAAACAUGUUUCCUAGUGAUAGCAAUGGAAAUGGAUCAACCAUUCUCGAUGCUGAUGAAUCCUUGGAGUCGAAUCAAAUAGCCACAGAAUCAACAACAGAAACUAUCGAGCUGCAAGAAGAUGGUGAUGGCGGUUCAAAUACAUCUCAAUCCCACGAAACUGAUGACACAGAAAUCUGCAAUGAGCAGAAAAAGCGUGAAUCUCCGUUGGUAGAUUCUAGUGAUAAUUUGACAGAUGGUGAAACUCUAAAUAUGCAAACUAAUGAAAACUAUUGUGAUAGCCCUAUUUGUAUUAGCCCUAACGUGGAAGUUCAAAAUGGUGACAUUAAACAUGCAGAAUCUCAUGAAACAUCUUCAAAGCAAGACGGGUGUAGUCACGACGAAAAACCAUCAACUGAAGUUGAAGAGGAACUACAACAAAAUUCGGAGCUUUCUUAUUCCAGUUUUUCUUCAAUCGAGCUCAAACUUCCACGUUCCUGUUCUUACGAAGUACAGAAUGGAUGCGAAAGUAACGAUACGAACAAAAAUAACGAUAGCUCAUCUUACGAAACAUUUAAAAGCACCGAAGAAUCUCUAUUAAUUAUUGAGGACCAAUAUACGACGAAAGAAAAAGAAGUUUCUGAACAUUUUAGUGACAAAAAAAUUGAAACAAUCGGGAAAGAUGAAGAUAUUGAAGUUCGGCUGAGGAAAAUCACUUCUUCUUCUUGGAAUGUGAUCUCUAUCAUUGAAUCUCUAUAUGAAUUAAAGGAAGAUGCAACAGAAAACAUUUAUUCAGAAAGAGAGGAUUAUGAACAAAAUGUCUUCGUUAUGUCUAAAAGUGCCUUUUCCCUUCACCCAGAAGGAGCAUACAACGUAUCACUUCAGAAUUCAUCACUAAACAUCAAGUCCUUCGAAGACUCUGAUGAAAUCCUAUGCUCUAUUCCGCUUAUUUAUACAGAAGUCUACGUUGAUGAAAAAAAUACUCUAGUGCUUGAUAAUAAAAUGGGAAGAUGUUUGUACUUCCGGUUCGAAGAGCUUGAAGACAUGAUUAGGAUGAAAGAAGAGGUAGAACUUCGCUCGUUUCAGCGAUGGCAGUUUGAAUGUAUCAAACUGGUACAUUAUCCAUUGAAAUGUCAUCAGGAUAUCGUUAUAAUAGAUCUUGGAAGCUGUUCUACUCGAGCAGGUCUUUUAAUGGAUCAGCCUACAUUACCGCAGUUGUUCUUUCCUACAAUAUGUGCUAAAGACAAAAGAACUGGAAAAUGUGUCUAUGGGAUGGAGGCACUUCAGUCUGAAGUGAGAAAAAACUCGAACCUAUCAUUCCCAGUAAGGACACCGGAGAAAAUUAGUAAACAUACCAUAGGUAUAGAUGUACUAGGAGGAUUAUUCGAAAAAAUAUUUGUGGACCUUCGUAUAGAUCCAGAAAAAUAUAGUGUUCAGCUUUGCUUACCACGAAGUAUAAACGCUGACACUCAGAAUGCUUUAAUAAAACUUCUAUUGGAAGAUUUAAAAGUUAAAGCCGUCAGCUUAACAAAUCAAGCACUUCUUACGUUAUAUGCUCAUGAUGUAAGCACAGCAGUGAUAGUUGAUGUUGGAAAUCGAGUGGAUAUCUUACCAGUAGUUGAUGGUUUUAUUGUGGAGAAUGGAGUAACAAAAUUGCCAUAUGGAGGUCAAAGAAUAAUACAUCACAUGAAGCACGCGUUAGCUUCAAAACAUUUGAGUCUUUCAAGUGAGAUAGAUUCUUUUAUGGUUCAGUAUAUCAUGGAAAACGCUGCAUAUGUAGCUCAAGAUUUUGACACAGAAGUGCAACUUUCAACUGGAAAUACAGAUGUGAUUAAAAAAUCUAUUGCUCUUCCGCAAUUUGGAAAAGACAGUGCAAUGCUGGAAAUAUCCCUGGAUGAUGCCCGCUUCAAGAUACCAGAAGGUUUAUUUAAGCCUGAGCUUUGGGGUCUUGACAAUCAAGGAAUACAUCAAUUAGUGCAAAAAGCAAUACAAGCUACAAGUGUUGACGCUCGCAAAAGAAUUGCUGAAAGUAUCUAUGUAAGCGGAGGCGUAACCAUGUUGCCUGGUUUUGUUGAAAGGCUAAGUAAAGAGGUAUCAAAGCUGAGCAAAACUAAAGUCAUGCCAAAAGUUUUUGCUUCAAAAUAUAGGUACCACUGUUCUUAUAUUGGAGCUUGCAAAUUUGCAAGUAUGAAGGAAUUUCCUCAAGUUUGUAUAAAUUAUGAUGAAUAUAGUAAAGACCGUGUUGCAUCAUUGAAGAAAUUUGUAUUAUGCAUUUGAAAACACAUCGUCAUUAUGUAUACUUCGACAAUUUAUUGAUUGUAAUAAUGCAAAUGCUGACUGUAAACAAGAAAUAAAUUAUUUUUGUUCGUA